CUCUGCUCUCUCGCUCGCUCUCUGGUCGGAGCAAACUGAGCAGUCUGGAUUUUACAAGUAACCAAACCAAAUUAAAUGUGCUUUUACAUCAACAAACGCUGGUCGCGCAAUAAGUGAGGUGAUAAUUAUGCGCCGCAGUCGCAGCAGCCAGCAGUGAGAUAAUGCUGCACUCCGCCUGAUUUUUGGCCAGCACGAUUGUUUGGAUUGGCUAAAUCGCUGAAUUGAACAAAAACAAACCCAAAAGAAAGAACGUCGAACGGAAAAAAGAAAGCGCGAUGUGCGACGGUGAAAUUGGCGAUCCGGUGACUCAGCCCCGUUCCGAGGGCGGUGGGUUGAUGUCGUCGGAUCCAGAGGCGCGGACGCACUACCUCGAACCGGCGGAGAAGCGCCUGACGAACGGAUCCCCCGAGCCGGAGCCCGUGGAUCCCCUGCUGGUGGCCCAGUGGUCCACGGAGGAUGUGUCCAACUGGGCCUGCUUCACCGAGCACUUCUCGCGCACCCUGCUCGACUGCCUGCGCCAGGAGGCCAUCGACGGCGAGGUCCUGCUCUCCCUCACCGAGGAGGAUGUGCGGGACUUGCGCUACCGCCUGGGCUACAAACUCACCUUCGGCGAGCUCAAGAAAUUCUGGCUCGCCGCGCUCAAACUGCAGCUGCUGGUGAAGAACAGCUCUGCGGAAUCAGUGAUGCUGGGCAUCGAGAGCCAUGGCGGGAACUCUGUCUACAUGCCGCUGUCCAGCGCCCUUGGCGCCGGCGGCGGUGGUCCUCCCUCGACGUCCACGUGCCCCUGCCCGCAGGUCGAGUGCCCCAGCUAUGUGUCCGACUGCGACACCUAUUUGCGCAUGGGCGGACGCUAUGUUCCGCCGGAGUACUUCAAGACCGCCAUGAGCUUAGGCUACUCGUUCGUGGUCACCUGGAUAACCUCGUUAACGAUGGUCAUCGUGCACGAGCGGGUUCCGGACAUGAAGCGCUACCCGCCGCUGCCGGACAUCUUCCUGGACAAUGUGCCGCACAUUCCGUGGGCCUUCAACAUGUGCGAGAUCACCGGCUCGCUGCUGUUCACCAUUUGGGUGGUGGUGCUGAUCUUCCACAAGUACCGGUUGGUCCUGCUGCGGCGGUUCUUCGCCCUGGCGGGCACGGUCUUCCUGCUGCGCUGCGUCACCAUGCUGAUCACCUCGCUGAGCGUGCCGGGAACGCAUCUGCAGUGCAGCCAGAAGGACUUCGCCAUCGACGAUCCCAAUGUGGACAUGGUGGGUGCCCUGAUCAUCCGCAUGUCGCGCGCCUAUCGCAUCUGGAGCGGCCUGGGGAUGUCCAUUCAGGGUGUGCGCACCUGCGGCGAUUACAUGUUCAGUGGUCACACGGUGGCCCUGACCCUGCUCAACUUCUUUAUCACAGAGUAUACGCCGCGCAAUCUGUACUUCCUGCACACGCUCACCUGGCUGCUCAACAUGUUCGGCAUCUUCUUCAUCCUGGCUGCCCAUGAGCACUACUCCAUCGAUGUGUUCGUGGCCUUCUAUAUCACCUCGCGCCUGUUUCUCUAUUACCAUACGCUGGCGAAUAAUAGAGCUCUCAUGCAAAGCGACUCCAAGAGGACGCGUGUUUGGUUUCCCAUGUUCAGCUACUUCGAGAGCAGCGUCGAUGGAAUGGUGCCCAAUGAGUACGACACACUUGGCUCCCUAAUCGAUGGGAUCAUUGAGCAGAUCUUCAAGGCCAAGGACCAGCUCGCCUUAACCAUAAAGCGCAACUGGGUGGAGGCUCCGCUGGGCGACAGCUCAUCGGUCAACAUGUUUGGCUCCGAUUCGGAUAAAUGUUUACACAAUGGAACAUCUGCGACCGUCUUCUGUAGUCCCCACCAGUCGACAGUUGGAGGAUUGGGUCAGCAGGGAGGCCAGACCCAACUGAAUAAUGCUCGAGCAACGGCUGCUGCUGCUAUGUCGGCGGUCAAGAGUUUGCAGAGCCAGAAGAAGACCUUCAGGGACGCGAGUGUGGACCCCUUCUCCAGGACGACGUUCGUGGCAGGCCAGGGCACACCGCUGAAGGAAAAGAAGCAACUCUGAUUCCAAUUCCCACAGCCAUUCGCUCUUCCACAUCAGUUUAUCGAUGCCGUUCUUCGAAAGCAAACAUGCAGAAAUCAACAAUACCGACUGAUAUUUUUAUUUCGAAAUUUCCCUUUUCCCCUCUACAGCUCGCCCUCCUCCACAUCUCCACCUCGUAUUAUCGUAUGCAUUCUACCAUAUGUAGUGCCUUUCGGGUCGUAAGUUCUCCCCCCUCUAGAACAUUGUUGUGUCCCCAGAGCCUUUCCUUAGUUUACGUGUGGAAUUUGAAUAUCGAAGUUCGCUUAGCCGGGAGACGCUCCUCGCCGGAUUGUAAUUGAUAAUGAUGAUAAGAUAACCCUCCUCAUUCCGUUCAAUUGAUUUUUGAACUAAAUGUAUUUAUUAUUGAAGACUUUUAAUGCAUUAUUAUGUAAUUGUAAGCAUGUGAAACAAGCGUAUUUUAGUUAAUUAGUGAUAAGUUUGGAAAGUUUCUGUUGAACGCACAAAAAUCAAUAAAUCAUUUGAAUAUUCUCAGAGUCUGGAGAAACCACUGUAA